AUGGACUCGGAAGAUAUAGUAAAUCAAGUUCUUGAAGAAAUCAGGCAGUCCAUAACAAUGAUCUCGGAAACUUUUAACAAAGAUAAAGAUGAAAACUCUUCUAUAUACAACUUUUCUAUUUCAUCAUUAUUGGAAUAUUGUGAAAUCCAUAUUGUAGAUGAGUUACCAUCUAUACCUUCAUACUCUAAUGAAGAAAUAUGUAUGAUACCCUGUCAAGAAUUGAAUAAUGAAAACUAUGAAAAUAAUUGUAAUAAUCCAUCAAGUAUCAUAUUAAUGUCCUCUUUAAUAUCAGAUUCUAUAGAUUCUUCUAGUACUGAUACCUACAUAGCCCCUUUUAUUACUCAGGAAGAUUAUGAAUCAACAAGUGCCGGUAGUUGUAUUUCUGAUGACUCAGAUAUUGAAAAUAUUGUUUAUGAUGAAUCAAUAAAUAUUCACUCAUCUACUAUACCAAAUCGAAAUUUUAAUGAAGGUGAAUUACUAUCUUCUCAAAGGUGUAUUAAUAUUUUUAAAAGGUCAUUUAUGGAAUUAGCUAAUCAACAUGAUUCCACAAAUAUAUCUAAUACAAAUAACUAUCGAUGUAAUAAUAAUUAUAAACUAUUAAAAUAUGAUCACAAUUACAAUUGCAUAAAUAAUAAUACCGAAAAUAUAAGUAAUUGCUACUUUUACCCAGAACUAGACUAA